UAAUAAUAAUAUGUCGUCGCCGCCACCACCCGCCCGACCCCUCCCGUUUGCUCGGAUGAGAUCAUCGGGCCGGGCACUGUGCGUGAAAGAGAAGUGAAAGGGAAAAUCGUAUUUAUUUAAUAUUAUUAUCAUCGUUGUUCGGCUAUAUCUAUAAUAAUAAUAACGAUAUUGGUCCAUUGCCGUAUAGUAAUAAUAAUUGUACAGACACUAUAGGCGCACCGUUCCAUUAUCAAUAUUAUUAUUAUUAUUAGUAUUAUUAUUGCCGUGUAAGUAAUAGGUAUUCCGCUCUCGAUUCAACAGUUGUGAUCGGGCUCAGAGCAAACGAAUUAACGAGAUCGAACCGCCGGGUCUGUCGCACAUUAAACUUUAUCGAAUACUUCGUUUCGAAUUUCUCGUUUGGUACAAUACGCUGUACGUUUUUGCAAACGAGUACAUCAAAUCAAUCGAGUUUUGUGUUCUGUCGCCGUUACGAUAGUGGUAGUGUAUGUCCAUUCAUUCGUCUCAUUCCACUGUACCUACGGUUGUUAUAAUAUCGUCUUAAAGGGGCCCCACUUUGCUGUUGUGUCGUAUUUCUGGCGACGGUUUGAAGAUGAACAAAAAGUGUGCUAGAUGUGAUAAAGUUGUUUAUCCCAUUGAAGAGCUCAAAUGUCUCGACAAGGCUUGGCAUAAACAAUGUUUCAAAUGUCAGUCGUGUGGCAUGACACUGAACAUGAGAAAUUACAAGGGAUUCAAUAAAGAACCUUACUGUGAAGCACAUAUUCCAAAGGCAAAACAUACAACUGUAGCUGAAACACCGGAGUUAAAAAGAAUUGCAGAAAAUACAAGGUUACAAUCAAAUGCCCAAUAUCAUGCUGAGUUUGAAAAGACUAAAGGAAAACUAACACAAGUUGCAGAUGACCCAGAAACAUUGAGAAUAAAAGCUAAUUCGAAAAACAUAAGUAAUGCAGAGUAUCAUGGAGAUUUUUUGAAAAAAGCAGAGAUGGAACAACGUAGACAUUUAUCGAAUGGGAACAAUGCAGCAAAUAAUAAUGAACCACUAAAAAAAAAUGUUAUUGCAAACACAACAACUCAGAAUAUUGAUCAUAACAAUACUAUUAAACAAAAUAAAGUACAGCAAAGUUACAACGGUGGAAACACUAGAUAUGCGCCUCAAAAAGUUGAAAGUACACAGCAUCAUACUAGAGUAGAGGAGUCUUCAGCUAAAAUUCCUGCAUGUUUAAAUCGUCAAUCGUCUACUUUAAUUUAUUCAUCUGAUAGUGGAGAUUUAAUUAACAGUGCAUACAACAAUCACAUUGGUUCAAUAGCUGACUAUGAUCCUAUUAAAAAGCAACCGUCAUAUGGUGGUGUUAAAUAUACUAACAAUUCUGAAAGUCAAAACUAUAACCUCGGGAGAGUUUACCGAGCCAUGUAUGAUUAUGAAGCUCAAGAUUUGGAUGAAGUUUCAUUUACUGAUGGAGAUUUAAUUGUCAAUUGUGCUGCUAUAGAUGAUGGUUGGAUGACAGGUGUUGUACAGAGAACAGGUGAAUCUGGUAUGCUACCAGCUAACUAUGUUCAACCUGCUGCUAUUUAAUUCUGAUGAAUAAUUUUGUUACAUAUUAUUUGUUAAUGUUUAUACUAUGGCGAAAACAUAAUAAUUUUAUAUUAAUAGUAACUUGUUUCUACUAAUUCCCAAAACUAAUUUAUAUGUAUUACUGCAGCUAAAGAAAUUAAUAGCAACUAACUAUGUGAUAUCAUACUUGUUAAACUAAAACUAAAUAUAAGAUCACUUAUUAUAAAUAAUUUAAAAAAAACAUUCCUAAAUAAAUAUAAAAAAAACCUAUUAGGUGAAAGCAACAUUCCAGUAUUUGAAACUAGUAUUGACAUAUUUUUAUUGUAUAACUUAAAAGUACAUUUUUAUAUUAUUUGCACUAGCAAAGUAAUUAACAUGAGAUUAAAAUUAUUUUAAAUUUAUAAAUAAGUAUAAACUAAAUAUGUGCUUACUCUUUUUUUUUUUUGUAUAAAAAUUAAUUUAUUUUUAGACUUAAUAAAAGUAAUAUUAUUUUAAUAUUGUUAUGAAAAAUUCAAAAAUAUAUAAGGUAUUAUCUUAGUAAAUUAACUAUCUUCCAAGAAAUUUAUUUAAAUGAAAGCUUAUUUUAGUUUUACAUAAAAUAUAUCUUCAAUUUGUAUCACAUACUGUCAAUGAAAAAAUAAAUAUUUUUAUUAUAAUUAAACCUUAUUUUGAAAUAUUACCCUAUAUAGUAUAUUAUUUAUUUUUGGGUAGAUGCAUACUAUUUCUGUUAUUCCCAUGUUUUUUUUUAUAUAGUAUUAUUAUUAUAAUUAUUAUAAAUUAAUUCUUCGUAAUUGUUAAUUUUUUUUAUUGUUAUUAAUUGAUUACGAUUUUACAUAGUAUUUUUUCGUUUAUUGAACAUUAUGUUUUUUUUAUUUAAAAGCUUAUCAUAAUAAGAACUAUACACGAUUAUAUUAUACUACAUAUUUUGAUAUGAACUAUGUUUUUCCAAAUAUUUAUACAUAUAAUUUAAAGUAGAUAAGACAUUCUUUUUAUAUAAAAUAAAAUUUUCAUCCAUAUCACAAAUUUAAGUAUUUAUGUAGAUUAUAGUUAUUAAAUUUUGAUGUAAUCCAUACAGAAUCUUAAGCUUGUAUAUUUGUUAUAUUAGCACAAAUUUCUCAAUAAAAAUAACAUCAUUAUAUUUGCUUAUGAAACAGAGGUUAGUGAUAAUGAGUAUAACUGGAAAUUUAGAAGUAU